AAUCAAUUUUAUUGCUAUAUAACUUUCACCAUGCACAAGAAGACAUCUUUGGAAUUGCGCAAAGAAAAUCGAGAGUUUCAGAAUUAUCAAAAUGAGAUCAAUGAUCGUUUAGGUAUUGAUAGUUUUCUAGUACAACCCAUACAAAGACUGACCCGAUAUCCCCUACUAUUACAGCAGUUAAUAAAUGAAUUCUAUAGUGGUAUUAAUUGUAAGCCCGUCUUGUCUUCAUUGUGUAAAUUAGAGACACGCAUGCGCCGUUGUUUGGAGGUGGUCAAUCAAUCGGAAGAGAUACACUGUAUAGAGGAAAUACCUCCUGAGCCUCCAUCUCGAACACUGGGUUCCUUUAGACUCACCGAAUUCGAUGCCUAUAACCAUAGAUCACGUAAAAAAUUCCACUCCAAAGUUUUCCUCUUCGAUCAGUGCCUUCUAUGCACCGAAGUGCGUAAACGUCGUUUAGCCUUUAAGCAUUCGUAUACUUGGGAUACAAUAGAAUUAAAGCUUAAUACCUCUAAGAAUAUAACUCUAUUAACGAAAGCUGCCUCUUCGUCGGGCAGUUCGAAUACACAUAGUUCCGUUAAGGAGGAAUAUGAAUUCUCCUCACCCGAAGCCAUUUCAAUAAAUCAAUGGCUGCGUUGCGCUCGCCGCAUUAUUGAGCAUUCUCGCAUCGAAGAGUCUCAGAAGGGUAAACUGGUAUUGCCCAUGGAUUUGGUUUUGGGUGUGAUAUUUGCCAUUUGGUUUAUUUGGCACUAUUUGUGAGAGUGUCGUCGUCGUGUGUUUAUUUAAUGUGUAAUUAUAUUUAUUUAUUUUUUUAUUUAUCAUUUGAGUUUUAUUUUAUUUUAUUGCAA